AUGAGCCAGAGCAACUCCCAGCAGAUCACACCCCCGCCUGCUGCUCCUCUGAUUCACGCACCUCUGCGUGUUCCUCCUCAGCCGGUGGUGCCUCCGCUUGCGUCCCAGCAAGCCCAAGCGCCUGUUGCUGGGAGGGUGGCGGCGGGCACUGGUCUCCGUCUGCCAUGGGUGCCGCCAGUCGCUGACGUGGAGUUUGUUGGAGUGGGAGGGAGAGCGGUGGGGGCACAGUACCCUUCUGCCUUGCUGCUGGUUCGUGUGCCGGAGGCGACACUCCGACAACUGUGGCGGCUUGCUGAGAGUAUGCGCGCACUCCUGUUGAUUCAGGUACAGGCGCAUGCCUCCCUCACGCUGGUUCCGGGGAACACGAUUGAGGAAGGCCCGUGGGAUGACUGUCUUGACGCUGCCGAUCAGCUCGCUCUGCUCCUGGCGCACGUGUUGGCUGCGCCCGCGCGGGGAGGCGUUGCGGCGGUUGGGCAGCUUGACACUGCUGUCCGGGGCCUGAGGCGGUACUUGCGCGCUGGGUCUGGAGCCGACGCGAUCGCCGCAAGUACGUUGGUGGUCCGUGAGGUGUGGCGGACCCUAUCAGGCCUUCUUGCUGCCCUUGAGGCGGAUCGGAUGUAG